UUAUUUUCUUUCCUUAGAAAAAAGAAAAGGGGGGUAUCGAAACCCAAGAAAAUGGGUUCAGUGCCAUUACUCCUAAAACUGCUUGCUGCUUCAAUAUUCUUGUUUCAGAUUUGCCACCUAACAAAAGCUUCAAGCUUGAAUGAAAAUGAAAAUGGACCGAAUAGAGAGCUCGUAGGAAAAUGCAACAUGUUCCGUGGGAAGUGGGUGUAUGACCCUUCAUAUCCUCUUUAUGACCCUUCAAAGUGUCCCUUCAUAGAUCCACAAUUCAAUUGCCAGAAGAAUGGAAGGUCUGAUAAAAUGUACCAGAAGUUUCGGUGGAUGCCAUUUUCAUGUCCCAUGCCAAGGUUCAAUGGGUUGGAGUUCUUGGAGAAAUUCAAGGGGAAGAAGAUCAUGUUUGUGGGUGACUCAUUGAGUUUGAAUCAGUUUAAUUCAUUAGCGUGUAUGAUUCAUGCUUGGGUGCCCAAAUCAAGAACCACUUUCAGACAAAAAGAUGCCAUCUCCUCUGUCAUAUUCCAGGAUUAUGGGGUAGAAUUAUAUCUGUACCGAACAGCAUAUUUGGUAGAUCUUGACCAUGAAAAAGCAGGGCGAGUUUUGAAGCUUGACUCAAUCAAGAGUGGUGACGCUUGGAGAGGAAUGGACGUUCUGGUUUUCAACACGUGGCACUGGUGGACCCACACCGGAAAUGCCCAACCGUGGGACUAUGUUCGAAUUAAUAACAAGUUGUACAAAGACAUGAACCGUAUGGUUGCAUUCUACACAGGGCUAACAACAUGGGCGAGGUGGGUUGAGACGAACAUAAAUCCAUCACAAACCAAGGUCUUCUUCUUAGGCAUUUCCCCUGUGCAUUACCAGGGGAGAGAUUGGAAUCAACCAGAAAAGUCAUGUAUGAGUCAGACUGAACCAUUCUUUGGGUUGAAGUACCCGGGAGGGACACCAAUGGCUUGGACUGUGGUGAGCAAGGUGCUUAAUAGAAUAACAAAGCCAGUGUAUUUCUUGGAUGUGACCACUCUCUCACAGUACAGAAAAGAUGCACACCCUGAAGCCUAUAGUGGAGUUAUGGCUACAGAUUGUAGCCAUUGGUGUCUACCAGGUCUUCCUGAUACUUGGAAUGAGCUUCUUCAUGCUUCUCUUGCUGCUUGAAGGCCAAAGAAAAAAAAAAAUACACUUUGAAAACUUUGUUUGUUAGUCAACAUUGUUCUGGAACAUAUCUUUAUGUGUGAGAUAUUACGUUGAUGGUGGUUACUUCUGUAUGAAAACAUCUUCAUGUAAAAAUGGUAGUGUGAACUGUCAGAUGGUCUGAUAUAUUUAAUUGAAUAUACUUGGCUAAACCAUCUAACAGUUCGUAAUAUCAUUUUCAAAUGAAGAUGUCUUUGUGAAAAUGAUCACCUACGUUGAUUUUAUUCUUUUUAUUGUUGGAUAGGAUAGAAUAUAAACCCAAUGUAAAUGGAUUGGGUUUUGCAUCAUAUCCAAUAAUAAAUAAAGGAUAGAUCGACGUAAUGUUUUAUACUGUGUAUGUAUACGUAAUGGUAGUAAUUGUUAGAUGAAAACCAAUUGUUUUCAAUUCUAGGGGACAUUUAAUUUUGCAAUUUGUUGGUUUAAGUGGACAAUAAGUAGGCUUGAUGCUCUAAAUUGUAAAUGUAGAUUAUUCUAGCAGAAACUUGCCUUGCAUUGUACUAUUGUAAUUGUUUUCUUCGUCGACUGUCAAUAAUAAAUAAUGUAACUUAGUAAUCAAA